CAGGCAGAGGAAGAUAGCGGACAGCAGUAAAAGCAAGCUGCCAUUCUCCCGGCUAUGAAUGCUCCAUAGUACUGAAAAGAAACUUCACAGCACCAGUGUUUGAUAUAUUUAUGAAUAAAGAUGGCGGACCAGCGGCAGCGCUCUCUCUCUACAUCAGGAGAAAGUCUUUAUCAUGUACUGGGACUAGACAAAAAUGCUACAUCUGAUGACAUCAAAAGAUGUUACAGGAAGCUGGCACUAAAAUACCACCCAGACAAAAAUCCAGAUAACCCAGAAGCAUCUGAAAAGUUUAAAGAGAUAAACAACGCACAUGGGAUCUUGACAGAUAACACAAAGAGAAACAUCUACGACAAGUAUGGCUCUCUGGGCCUGUACGUGGCCGAACAGUUUGGGGAGGAGAACGUCAACACUUAUUUCGUACUGUCUAGCUGGUGGGCUAAGGCUCUGUUCAUGUUCUGUGGUCUAAUCACGGGCUGUUAUUGCUGCUGCUGCCUCUGUUGCUGCUGUAACUGUUGCUGUGGAAAAUGCAAACCUCGGCCCCCAGAAGGGGAGGAACAAGAUUUCUAUGUAUCACCCGAGGACCUCGAAGCUCAGCUGCAAUCUGAUGAGAGGGAGGCUGCAGAUGCUCCAGUGUUGGUACAACCCAGUUCUGCUACGGAGACAACGCAGCUCACCACCGAUUCUCAUGCCAGCUACAACACUGAUGGAUUCAACUGAGUGUAUGCGGGUCCCCCAUAACACUAGGAUUAGAGAAGAGGGGGAGGACUGAAAGGGACCCACACCCCCUCUGUUUUACCAUCCCCCAAUCCCCUCAUCUGACCAGCUUGUACCUGCUCCCCUCAGUACGGUGACUUGGGGGGCCGUCCAGGGGCUGCCGCAUGCUCAGUGCUCACCCUCCUCAUGAUCAAAAAAAUGUCAUUUAUUUUUUAUUUUAGGUCUUAAUUUUAUUGGAUUUUUUUGUAUGGGGACCUGUUACUACCUCCUCCCCAGCCCCACUCCUUACUGUGUCAUACCAGAAAUAGCCCUUAGUGGAUCACAGAGGUGUGUGGCCCUCUUAUUAUUGCUCCCUUUCUGUGUUAAUUAUCUCUGUCGGUGUUAUUUUUUUUUUUUUUAUCUCCUAUACUCUGUUUCCUAGGCUGUCUGUGUUUGUUUCAGCUUUACUGUAUUGACCUCCCUUUAUCUCUUCAUGCCUCUUGUAGUGUGUUCAUGAGGGCUAUUAGCUGUAUGCUCCCUGCACUUUAUUCCUUACGUCCCCAUUGUUUUAGUAUAAGAUGUAAAUUAUUCUAGAAUAGCUCAACUCUCUGAAACGUUUCUUGGUUUAAGUACUUCUAGAUUACCACAGCAGCUUCAUCUUUAGAUACCUUGCUUGUGGUGUACAUAAAUAGACAGUCUGCGUAGAAAGUCAAGUGAUGCCCCUGUAUUGUUAUCAUGGGAUGGGCACUGACCCAGCAGCUUUUUGUAGUGCAAUAUGCUGCAGUGUCCCCUACCUUUCAAGGCUUAGCAAUUAACCUCUGUAUGACCAGCCAAAGUUAUCAUGGUCAGAUCUAACCAGCAGGUUUCUAUCUUACCCAUGUACAUGUUGCCCUUUACAGGUUUGGACAUUUCAUUCUGAAAUUGUUGAUAUAAUUUACUGUGCAAUGUAAAAAAAAAAAAAAUACCAUAGGGUAGGUUGUCUCUUUUGGUGACUGGUGCAGAGUCUGGUGCAGUGACCAUUAUGCUCUUCUGUGCAUAGUGUUUGCAGUGUGAGCAGUGCCAUAUUUAUUUGUAUAUAGUGUCGGUAGUCUACGAAGAGCUGUAUUUAUCUGUAUAUAGUGUCAGUAGUCUACACAGCGCCAGUUUUGUAUGUGUGUCUGUGUGUGUGUGGUUGCUGUAUGGUGCUGGGAGUAUAUAAGUUACUGUGCCAGAUAAUGCAAAUGUCUCUGUUCCCUCUUGCUACAUGUUAUUUCAGGUUUUAGCAGAGCACAGAUUCUUAGCUCAGAUACAGAUUUCAAACUGAUGUUCUUUACAAGCUUCUUAUAUUCCAGCCAGCAGUUUACCCUAGAUAUGUAAAACAAAGUGAAUUGAUAAUUAACAAUUACAGAAUAUUUUGAUCCUGGUGACAGUCACAGCAGAUGGUCUUUAUGUCUGACCUGGCAGCGUUAAUACUGCAUGUAUGACACUGUGAGACUAUAUUGUCCCCACCUUAUCUGAGGGAUCCUGCGGUAUAAUGUAUUGCUUUGACUUUUACAAACCAAUUCCCAGUAAGGGAAGUCUUUGAAAGUCUGAACUUGACAAACAGCAAAGUUUCCCAUUUUAAACUAAUUUUAUUGGACUUGCCAUUUAAUAAACAGACGGGACCAAUAAGUCUCACAGUGUUUUACUUUUGGGUUUUCCUGAUUAUAGGCUCACAAAUCAAUUUAGUAAAAAUAUACUAAGGGUGACUUCCUUUGUUUUUCCUGAUGACUGUUUAAGUUCCAGUGCCACCUGCAUUGUUAGUGCCCAAUACAGUUGAAUGUUUGGGGUGCUGGGGAGAGAAGGGGUGAUAUGGAGGUCCCUCUGAACAUUCACAAAGAAGAGAACCACGUUCCAUUUGUAGCAUGUCAUUAUGUAUGUCUGAAUAUUACCUUAUGUGAAUCAAACUGAGAAGGAUGUUAAAUUAUCUGAAUCACACUGUAAAAAUAAAUGUUUCAGUGCAGGAACGUG